UCUUUGUAAUACCAAGAAAAAAACCCUUCUCCUUGCAUUCUCUCCUUUUGUUCCCUGUUAAGUCUUUAUCUCUCUAUCAGGCAUGCAGAAUCCCCUUUCACAUAUAUUUACUUAGCCCACCAAGCAUUCAAACAUGCACUUUCUACCUUAUAACUCUCUUUCAUGUUACAUAUAUGCUAUCUAAUCUAAUAAAUCAAUCAUCAUUCACUUCAUAUUUGCCACUCAAUUAUGUGGAUAUUGAAGUGUAAUGACAACAGCCAAAAUGGGAAGACGAUGUCGACAGAUCCAUUAUCCGCAGGCCGGAAGCUCCGGCCUCUAAUGCCAAGGCCAAUCACUAGCUACACCACCAAUACUGGCGCAUUUUCAACACCAACAACCCCUUGUUGUUGCUUUCACAACCCUAACUUCUCUGCGUGGAACCAACCCCUAAGCGGUGCGUGUGCUGAUUAUGGAGUUAAAAGAGAGAUCAUGAGUAGAACGCCACUGGUGAGCUCCAGAUGGAAUCCGACACCGGAGCAGCUGCACGCCCUUGAAGAAAUGUACCAACGCGGAACCAAAACGCCGUCUGCGGAACAAAUCCAGCAGAUUGCUGCAAAACUUAGAAGGUUUGGUAAGAUUGAAGGGAAGAAUGUGUUUUACUGGUUUCAGAACCACAAGGCGAGGGAGAGGCAGAAAAAGCGUCGGCAGCUUGAGUUGUCUGCCGGAAAAAAGAUGGGCUAUAAUGCUGAGACCACUCGGCAAGAACGAAGACAAUCAGGAUUGAGCAGGAAAUAUUUGGAAAUUGAGCAUCCUAAGAGCUUGUCUGCACCCUCAAACUGCACCACAACUUCGCAGUAUUCUGCACCAGUAGUGGUAGAAGAACGUCAAAAAGAUGAGUGGACACAAUUGGAUCAGAAGGAAUUGCAGCAGAUUAUAACAGCAAAGACUACUCAACGCAGCUGCUGGCAAUUGGACUUAUCUUCUUGCAUGACUGCUCCCAACAACUCUGCACUACUCAAAAUUACUGCUCCGGACCAAGAAAAUGAGAAACCCUUUAUUGCAGUUAAUAAGGAUGUGAGAGAUGUUGAGAGUGAGAUCAAGGAAAUUAAUCAAACUCUUCAGCUGUUUCCUGUAAGGAGCAGUGGUUUGAGUUCCUCUGAGGAAGAGAAUGAUGAUGAGGUUUCAAGUGUAGCAACAAAAUUGGCACCUAAUCAGUUUUAUGAGUUCCUUCCUACAAAACGUUGAGGAACACAUAAUAUUAUGUGGGUCGGUUCGUAGGUAUCUAGGAGAUGUACUAUGUGAGUCUGUUUUCAUUGUAUUGAUCAUGUUUAUGUAUCAUAUGCUUUUUGUGUAAUGGCUAAUAUCUAGCUUAUAUAAUAUAUAAUAUAUAAGUAUUGUGUAAUGUGUUUGUGGUUUAUCAACAUAUAAAAAUGUGUAUUUUA